CCCCCUCCCAGUCUCUCCCAGUCCCUCCCAGUGCCCCCACGCCCCGUCCCCGCCAUGUCCUCCUGCGCCGAGGUGCUCCGUUUCCAGCUGCCGGGCCACGAGGCGGCCGCCCUGCGCUCCAUGACGCGGCUGCGCGCCGAGGAGCGCUUCUGCGACGUCACCAUCGUGGCGCGCAGCCUCCGCUUCCGCGGCCACCGCGUCAUCCUGGCCGCCUGCUCGCCCUUCCUGCGCGACCAGUUCCUGCUGAACCCGGCGGCCGAGCUGCGCGUGUCGCUGGCCCACAGCGCCCGCGUGCUGGCCGACCUGCUGCUCUCCUGCUACACCGGGGCGCUGGAGUUCGCCGGCAGGGACCUGGUCAAUUACCUGACGGCGGCCAGCUACCUGCAGAUGGAGCACGUGGUGGAGCGCUGCCGCGGCGCGCUGGCGCGCUUCAUCCAGCCGCCGCCCGCCGCCACCGCCCCGCCCAAGACCGAGGAGGAGGAGGACGAGGAGGACGAGGAAGACGCGGCGGGCGACGUUUGCAUCGUGAAGGGCGAGGCGGCGCUGACGGCGGCGGUGACGGCGGCGGCGGCCGAGGCGCGGUGCCCGCCGCAGCUCGGGGUGGUCAAGGCGUGUUACAGCCUGGCCGAGGACGCCGAGGGAGAAGGGUUGUUGAUCUUUCCCGGCGGCGGCAGCGGCCUGAUGGCGCUGGAGGAAGCCGGCGGCAGCGGCGCCGCGCCCACCCCGCCGUCGUCAUCGUCGUCGUUUUCCUCCUCCCGCUGCGGGAAGUGCGGGGAGUUCUUCCAGGGGGUGGAAAAAUUGGUUUUCCACAUGCGGGCGCAGCACUUCGUCUUCAUGUGCCCCCGCUGCGGGAAACAGUUCAACCACAGCAGCAACCUGAACCGGCACAUGAACGUGCACCGCGGCGUCAAAUCGCACGGCUGCGGCGUCUGCGGCAAGAGCUUCACGCAGAAAUCCACCCUGCACGACCACCUGAACCUGCACAGCGGCGCCCGGCCCUACCGCUGCUCCUACUGCGACGUCCGCUUCGCGCACAAGCCGGCCAUCCGCCGGCACCUGAAGGAGCAGCACGGCAAAACCACGGCGCAGAACGUUCUGGAAGCCGGGGGAGGGGAGGGGGUUUAA